AUGAGCGACAAAGAUAGCGAAGACACCACCUUCUUUAUUCCCCCAUUAUGGAGACAGAGACGAUGUCUUGCAAAUGAAAUACUGAAAAAGCAUAAAAUAACUUCAGUGUUGGAUUUUGGCUGCGGUGAAGGAGCCCUUCUCUCCUUUUUGGUGCCACCUUCUGAGGAGAAACCGAUAACGCGUCUUGCCGGUUUAGAUCUAAAUUUGGAAAUUCUGCAACACACCUUGAAAAUUUGUCGUCCCUGGCAACAGGAUUUUGAAUAUUUAAGAUUGUCUCCAUUGACCAUUGAUAUAUAUCAGGGUAGUGUUGAUGUAGCAGAUAGGAGAUUAUGCGGAUAUGAAGCAAUUGUAUGCUUGGAAGUGGUGGAACAUCUUGACCCACCGAUUCUUGAUAAAUUCUUUGAGAUAGUCUUAGGAACAUAUAAACCUAAAAUUUUGAUAGUGUCGACACCUAAUGUUGAAUUUAAUCGAUACUUCCCACAACUGAAAUAUGGAACACCCGAAGCAAUCCUUCGUAAUGAUGAUCAUCGAUUCGAAUGGACUCGUCAAGAAUUUCAGGAUUGGAGUAAAGCAGGCGCAUCUAAAUAUAAUUAUUCAGUUGAAUUCGAUGGUGUUGGACGACUAAAAAUUAGCGAUAGUGAAAUUGGACACGCGACACAAUUUGCAAUCUUCAAAGACUUGCAGGUUGAUGCAAAGCCUAUGCAUUCUUCCUUUGGGGAAUAUCAACUCGUUGAGCACAUUGUGUUUCCACAUUACGACGAACCAGAGAAAACUCACGAAGAAAUUAUUGAGGAAAUUGAUUAUUAUAUGCAAUUUCUUUGUAAUAACUUUGAGUAUAAUUCUUCUGCUUCUGUCGCUUUAAGAAAUCGAUUGAACGUUUCGCCUUCCGUCACUGUGGAUAAAUAUAUAAGUUUCAACGAGUUAUGGGAUAUUCACAGAAUCCGACAAGUCUGCAAAUCUCGCGAGAAGUUAUACGAAACAUUAAAUGCUUGCCCACAUUUCACCAUGAUCAACAGCGAAUGGAUACAAGUUCAUAAAGAAUAUAAACUUGAUGAAGUGGAAGCACAAGAUGAGAUCAAUCAUAAUGAUCUCAAAGGAUCGUACUUCUUUAAUGAUGAAGAUGAAUGCCGUUAUUCGGAAUCAAGUAAUCAAUCGGAUGAAUAUCAAUGCGAUUCAAAUAAUAGCAGUAUAUCAUCCACGACACAAAUUCUGGAAGAGAAUGCUAAUUGGGAUACUUAUAGGUCUCAUACAUGGAAUACAAAUGAUGAAAAUCUUUCUCACACACAACCAUGGGAUAUAGACGAGGAUAAUAAAUUUCCAUCGCAAACAUCAUGGGAUAUUAUAUCAUCGAAUAUGCAAAUAUCAGAUGACAAGAAUGAUGAUAAUUUAUCAUCAUCUAUCAUACAAAGUUCCACCAAAAUUAUCUCUAAUAAUACUGCUACAGUUGAAAGUUCAUCCUUACAAAUAUCAACGAAAAUUAUAGAGAACGAAGAUAUUUUUAAAAAUUUAUCAUGUUUAAAAACCAAUCAAUGGUUGGUAACUUUAGAUAAUUAA